CCCCCCCCAGCCUUUACAGCAGGCCACAUAGGACUCUUGACACUAAGCUAAGCUGGAACUUGGAUUUUUAUACUCCCAAGCAGUGUAUUCUUAUUCUUUUUUUUUUUCUUUCCCUGCCUGGUCAGAAGCUUUGAACAAACAGAGGAAAUAAGGGAAAAAUAAAAGAACAGGAUGGGGGAAGAAAUACUUCCCAAGACCAUCCCACACCUGCACAACAGAGAGGACAAACUGUUAGAGACCAAGAUGGUGGUGGAAAAGCCCACAACUCCAUCUGUGGCCCAACUAGCUGGAAAAUUUCAAGAGCAGUCAUCGAUUUCUGGAAAGGAGGUCCCAGCUCCUAAACCAGCACGCAGAAAGCCACCUUGCUCUCUUCCCCUCCACACAAAUAAGAUGGAGCUAGGGCAGAAUGGUGAGCUAAAACCAUCCCCAAAUGCUUCUCGUCCUAUAAGGAUAAAGCCCAAAAGUUCUCCUCUCAUUGAAAAAAUGCAGGCUAAUUUGGCACUUGCUCCAACUUCUAUGCUGCCAGGAGCUUCUCCUAAAAGCCCUGGACUAAAGGCAAUGGUGUCUCCCUUUAAUAGUCCACCAGUCACCCCUCUCAGUCCAAAGACUCAUUCAAGUAUUCCUGAUGAAUCUCCAGUUAGUUUUGAGCAGCCACCAGAAGGUACUCAUCUUCAGUUUUAUAAUAAGGUAAGGACACGAGGAUCAAUAAAGCGCAGACCUCCAUCUAGAAGGUUUCGAAAAUCACAGUCAGAAUAUGGAGAUGACCUAGAUUUAGGAGGGACAGAUUUACCUCAGGAAAAUGGUUCCAAAACUGAGGAGAAGGAGGAAGUAGAUGUAUUUAUAGACAAUAAAUGCAUGAAAUUCUCAUCUGACCCUGUGGGUGGCAUAGACUAUCAGAAGAAACAAAAUCAAGUAGCUUCUGAUGAAAAAUCCCCAUCAGAUCUACAAUCUAGUAGAUCAGAAAACAAAGAGAAAGAAGAGGAUACAGAAAAAGUUGCAAAAUUCAAAGAGAGCCAGGAAGACAAGACACAGCAGAAUCUUUCAGAGGAAAGGCCAAGUAAGACCGUGAACAAUGAGAAAGAGAAGAAUGCAGAUACUGAUACUGCAGAAGAUACAAAAAGAAAACCACAGAACUGUAAUGCUACCGACAUGGAAAACACUUAUAAAGAAAAAAGGGAGGAAAAAAUAAAUGGAAGUAAAGAUUCACAUCACGAAUCUAGCAUACAAGAUACUGGGACUUCACAACCUACUGCAGAUAUGAAACUAUUCUGAACUCUAGGAUAUGGUGCUAAUAUAAUGAUAAAUGGAAAGCCAAUUAUUAGAGUUCCUAUUACAAUACAUGCUUAUAGACUAUUUCUAGUUUAUAAUAGUUUAUAAAGAAAUAAACUAUUUCUUUAAAUAAGAAACCAAAGAAACAUGAAUUAUUACUUUCUGCUGGCAAUUCUUAAGUUUUUGUUGAAACAAAUCAGGACAUCUGUGAUGGGCAGCAGCCUCACUGAGCUCCUUAAGUUUCUCAAACUUGUGGAGAGGCCAAAAGCACGUUUUGGAGAUUGUUAUCUAUUGUAUUUCAACAGUUGCUGGGUGUUUUUUUUUUAAUGGAAAGGACUAUGAUCCAUAUUAAUUACACUUUCUGAUUAAAGUUGACAUUUCCAAACCAUUUCUGGCCUGUGAGCUAUAAUUAUACUGCAUACAUAUACUGCAUACAUAGAGUCAGCACAGAAGCACCAAAAACUCAGCCUCUUCUGGUUUGUUUAGUGGCUGUGGAAUAAUUUGUAUAUGUGACAAAGCAACACCCCCCCCCCCCAAAAAAAAAAAAAAAGAACCUGAUUUGUGACAUUUCAUAUCUGUUGAGUUUUUCUGAGUUUGCUAUUAAGCACAGGAGAAAGCUAUGGCUGGAUUCAGCAAAAUAGUAAACAGAUUCAGCCACAUGAUUGCUAAGCUAUUGUGAUAAAUAGGCCAUGGCUUAUCGUUUAGCAUGUGCAAACUCAGUUAUAUGACUUAUUUAGCAAAGAAUAGUGAAACCAUAGCUUGACAUGAUAUGUGUAUUAAAUGUGUGGCUAUUUGGAUAUUUUUAUACAUGAAUGUUACAUUGUUUGAGCCUCUUGUGCUAUUUAUCUAAUUCCUUUGAUUGUUCAUAUUUUUAAAAAAGGAAAAGAGUUGUUUAUAAUGUACAUUACAUCUUUCUGAUGUCUUUUAAAACAUCUAUUACUGAAUUGACAAGCAAUAGCAUCUUUCAGUUUCACUUGUCAAAAUAACCUGCAUCUUGAAAAGUCUGCUGUUCUCUUUAAGAAGCCAGUUAUAGCAAUUGCUUAAGUAGACAUCUCCAAUUAUUUUAGGAAAUAGGAAUAGAAUAGAAAUAAAAUAGGUAGCACUGAAUCAUGCCCCCAUUAGAUAGACCUGUUUUAGAAAUGCAACUUUUAGUUAAACAUGGUAUCUAUAAGUAAUAAUGGCUGAAAUGUCAAAUGGGGAGAAAACAUAAUCAACAAAUAAGAGAGCAACAAGCUGAACAUUUGCUGUUUAUUAUGCAUUACUGAACUUCACACAGUUCUGCUUGGAGUGACUGAAGAAUGAAAGCAUAUAACUAUCAGUAUGAAUAAAGUAAGCUAUUUGGAAGGAUUAUGCCUAGGUCUGCAAAUAUUGCUUUUUCAUUAUAGGUAUAACAGACAAGUGAAUAUGGUUCACUGCAGUAUUAUUUUGCACAUUGUGCUGGUCAGCUGUAGAAUAGUUCUGCAUCUCAGUGAUCUAAGGAGAGCAUAGCGUCAUUUUCUGAAUGGAGAGUAAAUUAGGUACUGCAGCAAGAUUUAAGAAAUAAUUUUUCCAAACUGAUUUUCAGAUGUUCUUCUGAAAGAAUGGCUUCUGGCUAAGGGAGUCAGACAAUUUUUGAUUGCUUGUUUAGUUCCUUCAUGUGACUAAAGUCUCAGUAUUAUCACAGUGCAUGGUGCUGAUCUCAGAAGAUAGCACACUGUAGACUAUCAUCCCUUCCAAAAAGCUAUAUUCAAAGAAAAAUAUGAAGUGGUUUCAAAAAUAAUCAUAAAGCUUCAAGAAAUAUGGUAUAUUAAAACAAUUUUGCAGUUGAAGAUGCUCAUUUAUACUAAAUGGCCAGUUUAAUUCUGUGAAUUUCUCAAGUAGGUAUGAAGGAGAUAAUAGAUUCUUAUUGAUUUGUAUAAUUAAACUGGUAUGUACUGCUUUCUGGUUGCCAUAGAUAACAGUAAUUUUAUAUAAAUAUUUAUAUAAUCUAUGCACCAUGUCAUUCUGCAAAAUGAAUUUUAAUGUAAUUUUGAUUUGUGUAAAAUGUGUUUGUUAAACUUAAAAGCUAUUGUGCAUUCAUUUAUUAUUUGAUUCAGACAGCUAAUAUUUUCAUAUAGAUUGUUUCUUUUUGUCCCUUCCUCAUACAGCAAAGAUACAUCCCAUGUGUGUUGAUGGUCUGUUGUUUUGAUCAUUGCUCUUAUAGAACAAAGGC